UUGUCACUGUGGUCGAAAUCAGCUGAAAGGACACAUCGUCUUGAACUUUAUGUUAUUGUUGCAGAGGAACCCAGGCUAGCGAGUAACGAAUCAAAUGUUACUGUAGUUAUUGGGCGAGACGCAACCCUAACUUGCUAUGUGAAAAACUUACAAAAUUACAAGGUGGCGUGGUUACGUGUUGACACUCAAACCAUACUUACAAUUGGACAACAAGUGAUCACGAAGAACCAUCGAAUUGGAGUACUUCGAACUGAGCCUCAAGCUUGGUCACUGAUGUUACGAGAUGUAAAGCUCGGCGACAGUGGCCAGUACAUGUGCCAAAUCAACACCGAACCAAUGAAGACGCAAAUACACCAUCUUCACGUUUUUGUGCCGCCAGACAUCGUUGAUUCGGACAGCAGUGGUGAAGUAGUCGUGCGGGAAGGUGAAAGCGUAGCUCUUCACUGUGCUGCAUCGGGCAUUCCUCAACCGAUCGUCACCUGGAAAAGGGAGGAUUCUAAAUGGCUUAUAGUUGGCGGUGAAAAAGUUAUAAAAUGGGAAGGUAUCUGGCUAAAUAUAACUUCGGCUCAUCGUGAUAUGAACGGAGCACUUCUUUGCAUCGCAAGCAACGGAAUCCCGCCUAGCGUCAGCAAAAGGAUUCUUUUGCAUGUUCUAUGUAAACCAAGAGCAGAGGUUAUACGGAAAAUGAUCGGUGUGUACGCCGGUGACGCAGCCAUUCUACAGUGUUACAUCGAAGCCUAUCCAUCUCCUAAUAUUUACUGGACGGAUAUGUACAAAAACCGACUUAGGAAUGAUUCAAAGCAUGAAACAAAAAUGAUCUCAUGUGGUUACGAGCACACUAGCAUACUUAAAAUUAAUAACGUUUCAAGGGACGACGUAGGCCCUUAUCAGUGCCACGCAGAAAACUUACUCGGAUCUGGAAACGGCAGUGUCACACUUUACACGUUGGCUACUACGACCGUGUUCGACAGUUCAACGGUUCAAAUUAUGGCGCCAUCGAGUUCAGAGACAACCACUUCCAUGAAUUAUUGUUAG